CUAGGACAGUUGAGGGCACUAGGAUUAGAAUAAUUUAAGGUAUCAUUGAAUUUGCCUGCGAGUACGCGCCCAGCCUGGUUUUGCGCGCUCACAGCGUCGGGUGCAGAGCAUAGGAGUCUACGGUUUCAGUGCGAUGGUCUCUUUUAUAGGACAUGUUCAUCGACGAAUCCCUGACUUUUUACACAUUUUUACUCAAGCAGUGUGAACUGCGCUUCGUAGUGCGAUGCUGAAAAAUCAAAGUCAUUGCUUUCGAAACCCUCAACAGUGGUGAAUUGCGCGGCACACUGCGACUCGGAGAAGAUAGAGGAGACGCGUGGUGGUUUGUCCUACGGUUACAGUCGACUGCUUCAGUAAGGCAGUAUGAUGGAGGCUGGCUGUGGGGUUGCCGCGGUGAUCGGGAAUGCUGGCUCAGGACAUCAGGGAGAACCAGGAAGUGGUGACGUCCUUGAGGGGGCCAUGUGUAUUACACCAGAUAAAGAAGAGACCCAGCCUGAUCCACACAAGAGCACUACUCCAACAGAGAAAUCUCCAAAAGAGAGCACAAUUGACAUGGUACAGAGUGAUGAGGUCACAGAGCUUCCUGUUGAGCCUGAGCCCACCCUGCGUUCCUGCGUCAGCACAGCCAGCAUGAAGGUCAAAAACAUGAAGAAGCUGACGUUCCCCAGAGGUCAUUUUCCCAGGCUGGCUGAAUGUGCCCACUUCCACUAUGAGACCGUUGACUUUGGCACUGUGCAGCUGUCCUUUGCAGAGGAGCAGACUGAGGGGAAGAAGGCUGGUCUGGACUCCAAGGAGCCACUCUUCGUGGUUCAGAUCUGCUGCCAGAGUCUGAGCUGGCUGGUGAAGCGCUCCUAUGAAGAUUUCCGUGUGCUGGACAAACACCUCCACCUUUGUAUCUAUGACAGACGCUUUUCUAAACUAACUGAGCUGCCCCGCAUUGACUCUCUGAAGGACACAGUAGAGGUAGAGGAAAUAACCAAGAUGUUGGCGGCCUACCUGUCCCGUCUCUCAGCCAUCGCUGACAACAAGAUCAACUGUGGUCCAGUGCUGACAUGGAUGGAGAUUGAUAACAAGGGCAACCACAUGCUGGUAGCUGAGGAGUCCUCCAUCAAUGUUCCUGCCAUCGCCGCGGCCCACGUCAUCAAACGCUACAUUGCCCAGGCCACAGACGAGCUGACCUUUGAGGUAGGGGACAUUGUGUCAGUUAUUGACAUGCCUCCUAAAGAGGACACUGGCUGGUGGAGAGGGAAGCAUGGUUUUCAGGUUGGCUUCUUCCCCUGUGACUGCGUGGAGCUGAUCAGUGACAGGGUUCCCCCCUGUGUGUCCAGCUCUGUGCCAAAACCAGUCUGUAAGAAGCACGGAAAGCUGGUGACAUUCCUGAGGAGCUUCAUGAAGUCCCGUCCACCUCCCCAGAGGCUGAGACAGCGUGGGAUCCUCAGGGAGAGGGUGUUUGGCUGUGACCUGGGGGAGCACCUCCUCAACUCAGGACACGAUGUCCCCCAGGUGAUCAAAUGCUGUACUGAGUUCAUUGAGAGACAUGGUGUCGUGGACGGGAUGUACAGACUCUCUGGGAUCUCCUCCAACAUCCAGAAACUGAGACAUGAGUUUGACUCGGAGCAGAUACCAGACCUCAGUAGAGAUGUCUUCAAGCAGGAUAUCCACUCCGUAGGGUCUCUGUGUAAACUGUACUUCAGAGAGCUGCCCAACCCUCUGCUCACCUACCAGCUCUAUGAGAGAUUCUCAGAGGCUGUGUCUGCAGCUACUGAUGAGGAGAAGCUGGUGAAGAUCCACAACGUCAUCCAGCAGCUUCCUCCUCCUCACUACAGGACUCUGGAAUUCCUCAUGAGACAUUUGUCCCAACUAGCCACCUUCAGCCCUAUUACCAACAUGCACACCAAGAACCUGGCCAUCGUCUGGGCUCCCAACCUGCUUAGAUCCAAGCAGAUUGAGUCGGCCUGUUUUAGUGGAACAGCAGCCUUCAUGGAGGUGCGUAUCCAGUCAGUGGUGGUGGAGUUCAUACUGAACAACACAGAGGCACUCUUCAGCCCCAAACUCAACGCCCUCAUCCGGGAGAGCACAGGUACCAGUACCCUAUCCAGGCCCAAGUCUCUGCUGGUGUGCUCUCCCUCCACUAAGCUCCUGUCUCUGGAGGAAGCCCAGGCCCGUACACAGGCCCAGCUGGGCUCCCCUGUUACUACUCCAAUUCUGUCCCACAGCGAGUACAUCGAGGUGGGGGAGGGACCCGGGGCACUGAUGGGCAAGUUCCACACAGUCAUUGAGCUCCCCACUGAGAGUAAGAGGGCUCCUGGGAAGGUGAAGAAGUCCCCAGUGGGAAGCUGGCGUUCAUUCUUCCACCUGGGCAAGUCCUCCUCCAUGACUUCCAAACGCAAGCUGAAGCGUCACCCCAGCGAACCCAAUGAGAUAAAGAGCAUCGCGCUGCCAGGUGGAAGAGGGGAUAGUGGGACACUGCGCUCCACCAAAAGUGAAGAAUCUCUCACCUCUUUGCACAAUGUGGAAGGGGAGCCCCAGAUGUACCGCCCCCCUAGACCACGCUCUACCAGCGAUGCCCUCUCCACCGCAUUCAGGGAUGACCUGUGUGAUGCCAGGGACAAAGGCGACCGCUACCACAAACAGGCCAAGGAUGGCCAUAAUGGUGCUGAUGGUCCUGUCUAUGACCCAGCUGGUGUGUCCUCUCCACAUCAGGAGGAUGACCUUGACCUCUGUCUUCCAGCCCCUGGCAUGGCCUUUCUGGAUUUUGACCCCAUGUCCUUCCAGUGCAGCCCACUGAGCCCACCAACAGCUAAAUCCGCUCCUCAACGCAAAGCAAGCGUCAACUGGAGGAAGAAUGUCAGGGGUUCCAGUGAAUCAGAGCCCAUCUCUUCAUCCCUCAAAGUCCUCAGUAACUCCCAGUCCCCUGACGUCACCCCAGUCCAUAGGAAAAGAGGGGAGAAAAAGAAAGUGGCUCAGGUCGUCUCCCCCAAACUCAGACGGAGGUCCUCUACGUCCCCCCCUGUGGUUGAAACAGAUGUGCACACUGUGUGUAUCUCUGCCCCACGCUGUGUCUCAGACACCCAGGGUGGUGAGUCCUCCUCCCCUCCACCUCUGGAUCUGUGUGAGGCCCAACUAGUGAGUGGGGAGGGGAGUGAGGCCAGGGCUCCCUGCCGGCUCCCCAGCCCUCCAAGCUUCGCAUCAACUUUCACAGACAGCCUGGCUUCACAAAACCCUCAGGAUCCAGGAACAGAUAGGCUUGUGAAUUCAGUGUCUGUCCUCCCUCCUCACCCUCCGUUGACGAUGGCUGCCCGCAGGCUGGCCCUGGCCCUGGCUGAGUCUGCCCAGAAGGCUACUCUGACCUCCCAGAGGAGGAGCACCCAGCCCCCCUACCCUCUCCAGAGACAGGACACCCCCCAUCCCCUGGACAGACCCCCACGGCCCUCUGUUCUCCACCUCCAACCCUGCUCUAAGGAUUAUGGCGACCUCAAGGUCUCUUCUCCAUCCCCCCUCUUACCCUUGGCUGGUAUAUCAGUUGAGAGUCCUUGUGGCCGUUUCCCUAGCCAUGCGAGAAAACAGGCCCCUGAGGGACAAGUGGCUAUGAGUAACUUCACUCCCACUGUCAGUCCCUUAGAAGCUGGAGCUCUACUGCAAGGCAGCACAGAGGUGAGGGACCAGAGAGGAGGGAGAGACAGGCCCCUGGGAGCUGUGAGACCUGUUCACCCUCAGACGGUUUCCUCCUUGUAUCUCAGUGGUAGGGUCUCCCCUCCCUUUCAAUCAGUCUGCUCCAUUCAGAGCCCGUUAGCCGCCGCUGUCCUCGCUAACACUGACUCUGUCAAUGCCUAUAACUAUCGGACUGUUCUGGCUGAGGCGUCCAUGCCAGGGUCUGUGGAGGAGAUCCCUUCAUGUCCUCCUCUGCCGUCCUUAGUCCAUCAGUACAGCUCUGAUGAAGAGAGAGCUAUGAGGGAGGCUGAAGAUUUGUACAGACAUCAUCGGGUCAAUCCAGCAGGACAGGUAUCUGGACCUCACCAUCUUCGGCCUGGCUGUCUCCCUCCCCACCUGGCAGGGCCCAAAAGCAUGUACAAACCCAUGUCUGACAGCUGCUACAGCACUUUAGGCCUCCGGCACCACCCAUCUUCCUCCCCCCAGUACAGAGGUCAACCCCAACCCAGGGAGGAGCACAGCUCCAGCGGCCACCACAGAUCCAGGGGACAAUGGCAGAGGACUGAGGAGAGAGCCCCGGGGUACCCGGUCAUCCGCAGGGCACGCUCCUUCCAUGCCCAGCAACCUAGUUGUGUUCAACCGGCAGAAACUGAAGUCCUACCCCCAGACAUCCUGUUCUAUGUCCAACGUCCAGCUGUCCAAGAAAAGGAGUGCCAGAGGCUAGUCCAGUCAGGUGUCCAACCCCUGCAGCCGUACUUUGAGAAUGGACGCGUUCAGUACCGCUACAGCUCCUAUUCAGACGCAGCGCCUCUAGAGGAGUCUUACUACUAUGUGGACCCUUACAGGACGAGCCGUAUCCGACACAGUCAGUCAUACACCAUGCGCUCUACUAGGGAUAGUGGACAUCCUGGCUACCACUAUCGCCCUUCAAACAACAUCCCACCUGCAAAAAGAGAACUCUUCUUGGAGAGUAGGGAUCUAGAGCGAGUCAUUUACGAGUCCUGGGACCACCCAGAGGGUUGUGACAGACUAGUCUAUCAUCCAAUCAGACAAGAGAAUAGAGCCAGGCAGAGGACCCAGGGCCCUAUCAUGUCUCCUUAUGAGAACCUGGAUCGUCCCCUCCCACAGAGUGACAUCAGGGGCAGAGAUAUCAGUCACACCAGAAGCAGGUCAGACCCAGGUAAUGCCUGCCUGCUGGCCAUCGACAGAGUGGACAGCCAACGUGAAGUACCUGCCAUGUCCCCAAUCUCCCCUGGCCAGCAGCUUUCAGACCCUAGUGAUUACAUCAGGCACCAGAGGGGUCAUUGGCCAGGUGAGGAACCAGUCCCUCCCAGGAGAGAGAGUGUCUCCAGGAGAACCCAGUCCAAGCAGGGCACCUCUCAACGACAUCAACCACAGCAUUGCAACGUCCCCAUGCUCCUAGAUGUUAAGAACGUGGAGCAGGGUGAGGGUGGUCCUAAUAGAGGUUGUGACCAGGACAAAGUAAUGAUGGGUAAUGCUGCUAAUAACUACUCUGCCCAAUUAAAACCAAGCAUACCCAGGAGACAGCGAUCACAGAGCAUCAAAGAGCCUCGAUACUACCACCAUGUCAAAUCACCUGUGGAACCAGAUCACCCUGGGCUCUUUUCCACCCAGCCCCACAGGAGAACUCAGAGCACGAAGGCCAUGCCCUCUCACUAUGAUAACCUGGAGGGGUACUACCCAGCUCCCAAGCCCAAACCCUCAGGGUCUAGUAAGGCCAUGCCAGGGCCGUUCCCUGGCCACGGCUGCAUGCCCCCACACAGCCACAGACUGCUGUCCCAGGCCCUAGGGGGCCACGGCGCCUUCCUGCAGUCAGGCCUCAAGCCGCAAGCUGGAGUCUACGCUGAGUGAUUCAGUCCUCUAAUCACACCAGAAGCUAAGGCCAGUUUGGCAUACAUCUCCAACUCAACAGAUUAAUGUUGAUGUUUAUAAAAAUGGAAAAAAUACAUACAGAUAUAAACCUUCAUAAACUGUUUUUAAGAAAAUGUUGAGUUGACACAAAUGGGUGGGGUCAUACUGUUGGUAACGUGUAGAUAGCAAAGAAAGAGGUACAUUCUUUUCUCAUUAAAUACAAUGGGACUGGUAACGGAGAUUUUGAAAGCUUGUUUUGUGCAAUGGUUUAUGAAGGUUUUUUUAAAUCAUUUUUAUGCCCAAAGGUUAAUUAUAAUUUCAUGUCCAUGAGAUAAUAUUGUCCAACAAACAGAAAAUACCAUUUUAAAUAUCUGCCAAAUAUUGUUAAUCUUAUGAGCAAUAAUAUUCUAAGAUAUAAUGUCUUAUUUGGCCUACUGCCAACGUGAUAUUGUUUGCCUAGUUUAUUUAGAUCAUCCUAAACAUGCACUUUUUAAGAAUUAUAGUAAAUGAGAACCAUGCGUAGAGCUCCUUGAGUUUUAUGUUUUGCAAUUCCACUGAUUCUCCACUGAAGGUGUUUAGUAACAUUCGCACUUUUGGUGUUAUUUAGUUCAUACAAUAGUGGAAGACACAGAGGACAUUUCUUCAACGGCUCUCACCUUCACAAAACACUCAGACAUGGAAAGAUUAAGGAGCAAGGAGGACUGUGACCACAGUUAGGGUCCAUCUGUCAUCUUACCAGAAUAAAUAACUUCCAAAUGUGUACAUGUGCUGCAAAUGUGAAAGUGUAUGUCAAUGCACUUCUCACAUUAACAGGAAGCUGUGAUGCUUCAUGACAUUGUGGUGUAUUAUGAGAGGACAUACGUUUCUCUCUUUGUAGGGAUAUUUUAAUGGUAUGUCAUGUUUUAACUGUUGCUUUGUUCUUUUCUUAUAGUUUUGUAUUCAUUAAAUAUGUUAUUUCAAACCCAACCCUCUGUAAAUGAGGAGAUAUUGCUAAGACAUUUUAAUGUUGUUUUUUCAUUAGAAUAUAAAUAAAAAAUAAAUAAUAUCUAUAGCAUACUAUGAAAAAUUGUCAGAAUGUAUUACUUUUUUAAACCAUUUUGUUAAUGGGAAUGCACAUUUAAGUUAUUGGUUGGAGCAAAAAUGCAUACUCACUGGGAAUUUGCUAUCUUGCAGAUUCAGAGAAGUUUAGCCAUUGGACAGCAGAGGGCACUGCAGUAUCGCAGAGAAAGUGGUUCCCUUAUAAUGUUUCUCUGAA